AAUGGCCUUUAUUCUCCUUUUCUGUGUCAAGUGUCAGGACCCCAGUGGGUUCGGAAAUGCACCAUGUUUGUGAGAACGAUGAGCCUGGCAGACAUGUCCGGUUUCUUGUCCAGGGGAGAGCAGCUAGCAAUAAAGGCUCGAAGCACUGAUAAUCUGGACAAUUCUGGGGAGCCUGGGACCCGAUCGGUGGGAACCACAGCCAACUUGAAGGGGAAGAUGAGCAAAAGGCUUUCUGUUGUGAAAGGUCACUUCCCCAAGCUUGUUGACUGUGCCCACUUUCACUAUGAAAAUGUGGACUUUGGUUCUAUCGAGCUUCAGUUUGCCAACGAGCAGAGCGAUGCUAGCUGGACCUUGGGGAGUGCCAAAGAUCUGGUUUUCCUCGUGCAGGUGUCCUGCCAGGGUAAGACGUGGAUGGUGCGGCGUUCAUACGAAGAGUUCCGGACGCUGGACGCCCAUCUGCAUCAAUGUAUUUACGACCGCCGUUACUCGCAGCUCUUGGCCCUUCCUGCCCUAUGCGAGAUCGGAGACCAGGUGGAGAUCUUCACGCCACUGUUGUCGGAGUAUCUGAACCGUCUCUCCAUGAUCGUGGACAAUAAGCUGAACUGUGGGCCGGUUCUCACCUGGAUGGAGAUUGACAACCAUGGCAACAGGUUCCUGCUGAAAGAAGAAGCAUCUUUAAACGUCCCUGCCAUCGCUGCUGCUCACGUCAUCAAGCGCUAUACUGCUCAGGCUAGCGAUGAGAUAUCUAUUGAGGUUGGUGAUAUUUUGUCAGUGAUUGACAUGCCACCCAAAGAGGACACCACGUGGUGGAGAGGAAAGCAUGGAUUCCAGGUUGGCUUCUUUCCCAGUGAAUGUGUGAAGUUAAUCAAUGAGAAGUUGCCAGUCAGUGCUCCUGUCAGUAAGCAAGAGGUGGAUGCUUUGGGCUCCAAACCUGGCAUUAACAACACGACUGGGCCUUCCUCUCCAUCAUCAGGUGUCUUUCCGUUUGCAAUGUAUCAUGUUAAAUCCUGUUUGUUGUCAAUUGCUGUGUUCUUUGCUGCAGUAUUGCAUUUACUCGCUUUUGUGCUUUGGAUUAAUGUAUCUGAAUCUGAUUUUUUUUUUUUUUUUGGUUUACCUCUUUCUGAUUCCACAGCACGACAGUCUCUGACCAGACCCAAGUCGUUUGUGUCCACCAGGCUUCUGUCUUUAGAGGAGGCGCAGGCUCGCACACAAGCUCCACUUCUCCUUCAGGGAUCUCCUCACCACGCUAUCAGCCAGUUUCACACUGUACUGGACCUGCCUGCUGACAAGAGGAAAAGAGGGAUGAAGGUCCGGAAGUCGGCAGGUGGGAGCUGGAAGACGUUUUUUGCCAUUGGGAAACCUACAGCGGCAGGGCGACGCAAACCCACCAGGAUCACCUCUUUGUUCCAGCCUGCUACCUCUCAUGCAGGUUGCAGGGUGGACAGUGUGACACUCAGGUCAGCAAAGAGUGAAGAGUCCCUGUCAUCUCAGCACAGUGGAGCAGGUCAGGGAAAGAUACAACGCUUACGAAGACCUCGCUCCAGCAGUGAUGGUCUCUCGCUGACUGCCUCUGUUGAUCCGCAGCUCCUUCCCCAGCGCUCCCCAUCUAGAAUCCAUCCAAGCCGCUCUUAUGACAGCCUGCUGCCUGAGGAAACCCGUGAUGCUGAUGAGGAGGAAAAUGAAGAUGAAGAGGAUGAGGAGGGUGUGUACAUGUUGCCUGAUUUCUCCCAGGAACCAUCUGCCUCAUGGAUGGCAGAAGAUGUCAUUGACUUUAGCCCCACCUUCCUGGAAGAUGGGCCAAUAGGGUUGGGAAGCACAGCUGUCGAUCUUAGCGGCAGGGAGUCCCCUCCUGCGGCCGCACCCCCUCCCUACCGCUGUCUGAGCCAUCAAACCCAUACCCGGACUGGUAGCCAGCGCUCAAUAACAGAAGAUCCAGACUCCGUUCUCAAUCAAUCAGAGGCCGCAGCCCGUCGUAGUUUGAUCCUGGCUGCAGCAGCUCCACCUCAGCAAGUGUUCUGUCAGCACAGGCCGUCUGCAGUCACUAAUGCUCCCAUAAACACAGCUCAGCAGGGCGAAUCGAACCUAAGCCCAUCCCAUAGCCAGACGCCAGCUCCAGCAACCUCUGCACCCCUGUCUCAGCCCCCUCAAGAGAGGCGUUCCUUUACACGUAAAGUGGUUCAUGCACUUUCACCUAAAGCGCCUAAAUCCCCACCUCUGGACAUCUCUGAUCCGAUCGCCAUCAGUGUUCCUGCCAAGGUUCUGGAAAUGAUUGGUGGACGAGCUGGUGAAUUGCAACCUGGACUUCCAAGUAGUGGACCACCUCAGCCACCCCAGAUGAUAUCUAUGCUCCUGAGGUCAUGUGAUUUUCAGCUCACGGAGAGCUGCCAGCAAGAGCUCAACAGUAAGUUGGGCCCCGUCGCCAAAAUCAAGGGUCCUAGUAUCUUGGGUCCCACUGGUGUUCCUCUUCCAUCACAGCAGCCCCCUCCUCCUCCCCCCAAGAACCCUGCACGUCUCAUGGCUCUGGCUCUUGCUGAAAGUGCCAACAAGGCACUGCGGCAAGGUGCCUCACCCCCAUACCGCCCCCGUCAAAGUGGAACCUCCCCUGAGACAGAUGUCCGCUUCCAGAGGUCCCUUUCUGCAGAUGCAGGUGCUCUGCUAUCUUCUGAUCCUAAUCAGAUUUAUUCCACAGUACGCCCCUUGUCUGUGUGGAAGACUGAAGGUGAUGACGAUGAGGGUGGAACUGUUGCUGAAAAGCCUGCAGACAAAUCACAUGAUACAGAGUCAAGGUCACCACCUGGGCGAGACACUGGGACUAUCUCUUCUGACAGCUCAGUCUCUGACAAUGGGACAUCCAAUUCUGAGUUGUCAGCUGCCAGUUCCUCUGAAGACAAUGAGCGAACACCAAGCCCCAUUUACAAGAACGAAGAACCAACCUCUCCAGCACAGCCCUCAAAAUCCAGCCCACCCUCUUCCAGUGAAGCCAUCCCUUCUCAAAGAAAACCCCCAGCUUAUGGACGACAGUUUUCUGCUCCGCAGCUUCAGCAGGAGAAAUCCAGCGGCCAGUCCAAGCCUGCAGCCCAACCACACACUCAGCUUCUGCAUUCUAAAUCAGAGAGCUCCCCACUGGCCCAGGUACGAGCCUUCCAGCCCACUCGCCCUAAAGUGCCACCCAAGCCCCCUGAUCUUACUCCCUUGAGGGCUCCACUCUCUCAGACUGACCGUCAUGAUUACAUACGUCGCUCUUUGGAUGCCAGUCGCAUUCGACGAUUGGCAGGGCCACCGCAAGGGAACACACCACUUUCCAGAGCUUUCUCUGAGCGUAUCAGCAGUACCUCUGACAUGCUGUCUCGCUAUCAUGCAGCCAGGAUGGCCAGCCAAGCUGCUCAGGUUCUUCCACAACAACAGCAACAGGCCCAGUCCACACCAAUCAGACCGGUUGUCCCCUCCUUCGAAGACCCUUCCAAGAUGGAGAACUUCUACUACGAAAUUGGUGCACCUGAGCAUCCACAAGUGCCACCCAGCUAUGCACGCCACAGCUAUCAAAAUAUGAAGUUGGAUCUGGAGGGAAACCUCCGUCUCACUGAUCCAGCCAAUCAAAGGCAUAUUUCCAGGGGCUACCCUCCUCCCUACAAUCACCAAGGACCUGGGGUCGGAAGGACUCCCCAGCUUUGGUCAUCUGAGGCCACACGAGCUUGGGCCGUAGCACACUCUCACUCUUUCUCCUUUUCCCAUUCUCAUUCUCACCAUCGCUCUCAGGAUGGAUCAUCAGGACAUCCUCCCCAUCCCCGUCCCCAGCGUCAGACAUCGUCAUCCGUCAGGUUGCCCCGCAGUGAAGUGCAUCACAUACCCGCAUCCGUUGGAGUGGGCUCCGCUGCUGGCAUGGUGCCUUUGUCUGUGCACCAACGUAGCUUGCAUCGCCCCCAGCGUUCCCCUUCUGCAGACCACACAGCCUCCCAGCUUCACCCCUACUUUGAAAACGGGAAGGUGUGUUACCGGUACUUUGAGGCUUCCAGACUGGAAGACUUGCCACUGAAUCAGCAUCAGCAUGCUGUAUUAAAGCCGUCUCAGGCCUCACCAGUGCAAGGAAUCUCAAAAGAUCAGCCUGAACACAUUUACGUCAACUACCCUUUCACAAACCCACCAGGAUCUGGGGUUAAUUCAAAGGGCUGGGCCACCACAGACCUCGACGAAAAUGAUCACCAAACAUCUGAGACACUGGAACCACCUUCUAAGUCACCACCGGAUGACAAACAGAAGCAUUCAGAGCAAGAAAGUCACAUGGCUGGUUUUGACAACCCUGCCCAGAAUGAUGUGUCCUCAGAUUCCAAAGUGACCAAUAUAGCAGCGUUUGCCUCCAGUGCCAUGCAUUUCCGCAGUCGCUCAGAUCCCCAAAGUACUAGCUCGGAGCCUGGUCAUGUCCUGACUGGGAAGGAAAUUGCCUCCUUGCUAAUUGAAAAGCUUGCAGAGGAUGAAAGGGAGGGUCUUUCUGUGCCAUCCUCUUCUCCGCACAUUGAGCACCCUCCAAAUCCCUACCCUAGCCAGCAGCAGCAACAACCUCCACCUGCGUAUAAUAUCUACACUCCAGGACCCUCUCGAGGGCGCUUUGAAGGUCAGGUGCCGCCUAGAGAGGGAUCAGGGCCUUUCCAACGUCAAGACCCCUUGCGGAGAUCUUCCGGAGGCCAGUAUAGACAAGCUUUUGACGUCAUGCCAUCUGGUGACCAAGUCGUUAAGUUUUACAGAAGCCAAGACUUUAUCCCAAGCGCCCAGGGACAAAGCACAACCCCUAAUCCUUAUCCCCCAAGACCAUAUUAUCAGGACCCCCCAUACCCCAAUUGGGGCCCUCAAGGCCUCCCAGACUCUUCCCAUACAUGCACUCCACCUACAGUGGCCUUCUCAAACUUAGCGCUUGGAUCGAUAAGAGGAUAUGGGCCUCAGACCGUGGCCAACCAGUUUAACCAGUAUCCAUACCAGUCAGGGCCAGUGCUUCCCCAGUAUCUCAACACACCGCGACGAGAUGUUGUCCUGGAUCCUUCGCUUCGACCUCCCGGGUUGCAGAACCAGAGAGGCUUAAACCGGCAGGGAAGCCUGCCGGGCCCCAACUGGACCAUCCGAACUGAGGGCCAGACCCGUAGUUACUGCUAAAGAGCUAUGUGUUUAGAGGAUAUGAUAUAGACCGGUUAUAAGCACUAGACUUAUGUUUCCUGUACAAGUUAGCACGUUGUGAAACUUAACUAAACAAAGUUAAGUGGGGUAUGUCCUUACUAGUGUUUCUGUCUCAGAAAGAACCCAUUGCUGUCCUGCGAUUAGUGUGUGUAUUGGAGUGGGAAAAGUGUACGAGAAUAAGAUGUGAAGCAGAAAGGAUCAAAGAAGUGAACCAUAAAGUGGCUUAGAUAUAAAAACAUUCCAGAACACACUGUGCUGUCCAGCAGAGGGAGUCAGAGAGGUACAUAGCUGCUAUUAACUCUGACAGGACGUUGCUCAGUGGCUAAUUUUUGUUUUUCUGCUUUGGGUUUUGUUUGGUUUUAGGUUCUUUUUGACACUAAGUCAUGCUGUACAGGGGCACAAGCUUGACAUGUCUUUCUUCCUCCACAAAGUACGAUAUAAAUAACCUAGAGAUGCUGGUGGUUAUAUGAAACUUUAUGAGUAUGGCUAGUUUUUGUUAUCUUCAUUUUUUGGCAACAAUGUGAUGAUAUUUCCAUUUAAAUUUUUUUUUAAGUUAUUGUAAGUGUUCAAUGGAACGAGUUAUUGUGAAAUAGUUUUAUUUUGCCUUUCUUGAAUUUGUUGCAAAGAAUGUGAAGAUUAGGACUUUUUUUUGUUUUGUUUUUUCUUCUUCUUUAGUCUGUGUGUGAAUGAAUGUGUCAUGCGCAGAGUGUCUUAACGUUAAGCACAUAAAAAGGAAUGGUAAUUGCAGAUUUUUGGGAGGGCGUAAUUGAGAGCGCAUACUUCUGUGAGGUACUGUUUUCUGCUCAUUCUCAAAUAAUGUGUCAGAUGAUAUGUGUAUCAAUAUUGGCGUUCUAAUCCAAAGCAAGUAUUUCAGGUAGGUCAUGUCACAAUGUGUCACUCCCAGACAUCCCUGGGUUUCUGUGAUGGAGGAAUCCCAACCUAGCAACAUUGAAUACCUGGUACUAUUCACCACAAAACACUGAAAAUUCCUUCAAUGCCCAAAAAACUAGUCUUGGAUGACUUUAUAAAUUUAAAAGUCGUUUUUAUCAGAUCCCUCUUUCUGGGCUCAGUAAUGUUCUAGUGUUUUUUACUCAGUACUAUAGUACCUUUCAGGUCAUUACAAAUGUCCUGGAUGUUCUUCCACAAUUGACCAGAGAUGGAAUCUCUAAAAUUUGUUUAGUAAUUUGUGCCUUCUCUUAAAUGACUAAACGUUUUUUAAAUAAUCCUUCGUUAUGAAAGCAAAUAUUGAAGAGCUAGAUACAAACCCUGUCCCUAGCCCAGUUACCCCUAUUUACAGUUUCCCAAAGUUCCACACUAGUAAGUUCAAAAUGGGGGGAAAAAAAGAUGUGUACGAGUGAGAAUAUGACACUGUGUGUUUGCAUGUCUGUUAUCUCUGUUGUUUUAAUACAUAUCUAUGCAGGGAAUAACCAAGGGGGAUAUGUUCCUGAAAAACACUAAAUAUUAAUGCUACCUAUGUAUGUUAGCAGACCUGUGAGCGUGUAUGUUUCAGUGAGAGAGGUCAUGCAUGUGGCUUUGAAGGUAUAUACAUGUCCAACAAUCUCCCCUUCAGCCUUUUCCACUUGGCGAAUGGCAGUUCAUCCUAUUUUGUAAUAUUUUCAAAUAUGUGAAUUAAAACCUUGGACACCG